GUUUUGUAGCCUUUUCACGAGGAAGUUUCCUAUGAAAAUUCCUAUAAAGUAACGGAAUGUCCGUGGAAAAAAAGCUCGUGUCAAAAAAGAAAUAUUUUCAUUUUGCAAAUAUUUUUUCUUUCUGUUUUCGUGCAUUUUUACAACAAAAAACGCUGCGAAAAUGAGAUAAUUAGGAAGAAAGAUGCUACAGCAGGGGGGCCACAAUGAUGAUGGGAGAUUUAUCGAAUCUACUGGAGAGAUCUCGCCGCACCACAAGUGACUAUACCCUGGUUAGCACAGGCAGCAGUUCCGACAACGAAGGCGACGAUGAAGUGGUAUUUGGUGCUCCUAGGAAUCGUCCAAAGCGAAAGUGCUACACGCAAUGUGGUGCCAUCCUGAUAUUUCUUCUCUUUCUCCUAUCACUAAUCUACAUACCCCUCUUCCGGAACAUACAGAAUCGAAUAGUAAGCAUCCCUGGUUGGAGCUACAACACAUCCCGCGACACAGCGGAAUAUGUCUUUCCACACCUAAACACCUCCCUAAUUGAACCGACCACCUUUGACACGGAAAACAACAUUUUCCUCCUCAUUGUUGUUUGUUCAGCUGCCAACAAUUUCUACGCCAGGCAAUCAAUUAGGGAGACAUGGGGAAAUACAAGCGAAUUCAAUUACAACUACCUCCCGCGAAUACAUAGCAAUUUCCGCGGGAAAUACCUACGUGCCGAUUUGAAGCGCUGGCGUGGAUACUUGUAUGAAGAUCCCCAAUCAUCAUCUAGUCAUGUAUCCGUGGAGAAUGUCACGGAAGCCGCGGAGCGCGUGAGUUUUGUGCGGAUGAAGGUGAUUUUCCUACUUGGGCAGACCCAAAGUAAUGAGACACAGAACCAAAUUGUGGCGGAGAGUGAACAAUUUGGGGAUAUUGUGCAGGAGAGCUUUGUGGAUAGUUACAAUAAUCUCACCCUGAAGACGGUGAUGCUCCUCAAAUGGGUGACAAAUAAUUGCCUCGAUCGCGUACGCUUUGUCAUGAAGUGUGAUGAUGAUGUGUUCGUGAAUGUGCCCAAUUUGCUGCAUAUCCUCCUCGGGGGUAUUGUACCCGUGUACAAUGAUACGCUAUCCUUUUACGAUCUCACCAGCUUCCUGGCGACACGGAAGAAGAGUGCAAUUGUGGAUCCAAAGCACCUUCUUAUGGGCUUCCUGUUUUGCCGUGCCAAGCCCAUUGCGGAUGUAACGAGUAAAUGGUAUUCACCAAUUUACAUGUACAGCGGUACAACGUAUCCCAAUUACCUCUCAGGCACGGGGUAUGUUAUGUCAGCUGAUACGCUAACACUUCUGUACAAUACAUCCCUCAAGACACCUCUCUUCCAUCUCGAGGAUGUCUUCCUCACUGGGAUUUGCGCCAAUCGUGCUGGGCUCAAGCCACGUCACAGUCCCCUCUUCACGUAUACCGUCGUGAAGAAUUUGUGUGCCAUUCGCGGCAUGAUAACGCAGCAUCCGCUCUCUCCGGACGACAUUAGGCGAGCCUAUGACUUUGUUACCAACACCACCAUCCAAUGUCCAGCUCCUGAUGUUCAUUUUAACAGCAAAAAAGUCCUCGGACGGUCAAAAUUGUGCAAAUAACUUCGCCGUACGCGUGAGUAUUUAUUUACAAAGUAUUCCCUUCUAUAACUGAUCGCUUCGAAUGUUUUAACUUUGUGGUAAGAAGAUCUGUGCGAUGGGUAAUUUAUUGAGGAGACAAUUUUUUGUGUGUGAGUGUAGAGGAGAUACCAAGUGAUUUAUUAAUUAAUAAAUAUACCUAAUAAUUAAUAAUUAUACCUAAAAGUGAAAUUGCUAUAUUAGGAAAGGAAGCUGAAUUAUAUAUAUGGAAUUCUUUCUUGAAAUGCUAGUGAUAUUUUGUAUUUUAUGAAUAUUAAAAAAAGGAAAGAAAAUGAAAUUCGGAAAAGGAGAAAUUGUGAGAAAAAAAACUCACAAAGAAAUAUAAAAUGAAACGAUAUUUAUCAGCUUUGAAUCAGAAAUGCCAGAGAAGAGAAUUUUUUAGGAUUGUAAUAAAUUAAAAAUUUUGCAGGGCAUUAGGGGAUGAUUCAUUUGAUCACUGGUCUCUUAUUGAGGGCUUAAGAGAAAAGAAAAUAAAAUCUUUUGGAUGUAAUUGAAUUUCUGCAGCUGUUAAUCAAAGUUUCACUAAAGUUUAAAUAAAAAUUAAAAGAGAAACUUAAUUUUUUUUAUGGAUUUUAUUCUUUCCCAAGAAUAUAAGACGAUAAAAAUUAAGAAUUAUCAACCUAGAAGCUAAGAUCAAGAAUUCUUCUGUGAAAUCUCAUUUGCUGCAGAAAUCUUCUUGGUCUAAUCAAUAAAAGACUAGUGAUGACUUGAUUUUGGGUAAAAUGUAGUGUAGUUAGCAAACAAAUAUUAUAAAAUAUUAUAUACCUACAGUAAACCAUUCAGCGUGAUAUGAAAAAGGAGUUUAUUCACAUUUGUUCCUUGUCAUGAAUCCUCAUUCGAAGAUACACAUCAGAUAGAAAAAAAAUUUUCUUCUGAAAGGUCAAAAAACAUUUCACAGAAAUCAGUUGAGAAGAUUUGAAAAAAAAAUUGUUUAAAAAUGUAUAAAACACACCCUAUGAAGCAUAUGCUCUUACAUACAAACCUUGCGUCUUAAAGUUACUUCAAAAGGCACUACGUCAACACAAGGGAGCGUAGUAUCGAAGAGAAUAAGUAGGUAGUUGAUAUAGAAAGUAAAUGCGUAUACCUUUUUUCUUUCAAUAGACGCGUAUGACAUUUGCUUCAAUGCUUCAUUCGAUUGAUUUAUUAGCUUGAAAUAAAUUUUAUAAAACAUUUUGACAUUGACUAAGACACCUUAUCUAUGAUUCUAUUCUAAUUUUGUUUUCAAGAUUAAAAAUCAACGUUUAAUGCACUGCAGCAUAUGCAUUAUACCUUUAAAGAGAAUAUGGGGUAGAAUGGGGGCGUGUCUUUUGUAUUUUCUUCAGAUUUUUAUCAACAGAUCGUUUUCUAUGUCCGGUCUAUAUUCUCGCAUGAUGUCACUUUAGAAAGAAAUGUGAAUAGACUCCUUUUUUAGAUUUUUAUUUCUCGGUUCCUAUCAUAUGAAAGUUAUCCUAAAAGACGUCUAGCAUAAAAAUUUCGCAAAUUCUCGAAUGUUUCCUACAAAGAAUCUCAUUUAUUGCCAAAUUCUCGUUGAUGGUUAGUAUAGAAACAAUUUUGCAGAAUCUCCAUUUUUUUACGAAAAUAUCCUAAUGCUGACGUUCUUGGUUGCACAAUUUUCACAAUAUACGCUGAAUGGAAGCAUUGAGUUCCACACAUAAAUUGUAGAUUUUAGUUUCAAUUUGACUGGAAAAUUGAUGGCAUUAAAGAACCAUUAGAGAGAUCUUCAUGUGAGGUCCAUUUUAGAGAAAGAGAGAAAAAAAAUCACAUUUUGUGUAGUUAUCAAAGAAAGCAAAAAAAAAGUUAUUCCUUUUCCUUUAUAGGUUGCGCAAAAAGAGAAAUAAAAUUUGAAAUAAAAGACAAAAUAGUAAAGGAAAAAAAAACAUAAUCUAUACCUUUUUCUUCUAUAAAAUUAAAAAAAAAAGAAGAUUAAAUUACAGAAAUUAAUAUGAGAUUGCAUGUAGACACAGUAAAGCAAAAACAGAAUCUUAAAAAAAAAACUACAUUUGAUGAAUACUCAAAUAUAAAUAGCCAGUUUUUUCCAUAAAAUAAAGUUUUUUCUUCUCAAACUCGAAAAAAAAAUUAAGAAAUUUGCAUCUUUUGAACAAGAUUAAAAAAAUAAAUUAUUGAUUAAUAAAAAAAAAAUGAAUUGUAGUUGUGCCUUGAUCAAACAUCUCCAAACUCUAAAUUAGAAGAACGAAGAAAUAAUUAAAAGAAAAACGAUUGAUGAGAUGAUCAUAGAUGGAAAACUUAAUGAUUAGCACAUCCACCGUUUAAUAAAAAGAAUAAAAAAUAUUAUAUCCAAAUAUGAA